AUAUUCCGUGAUGGUGGUGCUUUUUUUAAAGAAAUAUUUCAUUAAUAAAUUAAAACUUAAAUAAAAAAAAUACCAAUAUUAUCAUACCACCGAUUGGGUGUCUUUUGUUCUGUAAUGUCGGUUGCGAUUCCCGCACCACACACAAAAAGAAGUGGUGAAAAAUGUGAUUUACUGACACAAUUUAACGAACUUUAUCGCAGCAUCGAACAGGAGGUACGUUCCCAUCGUCACGAACACGAACGGAUCCGUACGGAUCUGCAGAAGCAGCUUGAAGCAUUAGGUCCGGUGUACGGCCACGACACGGAACCGGUUACCGAACCGGAUUACAAACGUGUCAGCGAUGAAGUGAUCCGGAACCAGCAGAAUCAAAUACAGCUGAUCAAAGAGGAAAAAGAAACAUUCGAGAAGCUGUGGCAAAGCUCUCAGCGUACCAUCCGUAUAUUGGAGCUCGAAAUUCACGAGUACCGAAGGCAGCUGAAGCAGCCUAAAGGUGUGCUUGACGCACGGCAACAGUACGCGGCAGCCGUACAGCUGCUGGAACAAAAUCUGACGGGCGUUCGGGCGGCUUUGGAUGAAAAAAUUGCCGAAAACCGACACCUGCAGCGUGAACAGCAGGCGGCAACGGAACGGGUGAAGGUUUUGCAGGAAGACGUGCAAGCGCAACAGCGAGAAACGGAAGCGCUAACGAAGGCAAUCGACGAGCUGCGGACAAGCGAGUGUCAGCUGCGCACCAAUCUCGACCGUACGAUGCGGGAUAAGUCCGAGCUGGAGACGCUGCUCGAUACGGCUGCCGCACUGGCCCGGCAGCACAUGAGCCGUGAAAAUCUUGCCCUCGCCAAGGUCCAGGAAGCACUCCAGCUGGCGGACAGUGCGAUCGAGGAGAAAAAUUGUAUCGUACGGCGUGAGCAGGAUGCUCGCGAAGAAUGUGACUUUCUGGCCUCGACCAUCGGCCAGGUAAUGGAGGAAGCGGCACGCAAGGUGGAACACGAGCUCGGUGGACUACGGAGCGGGUACGAGCGGCGAAUAAGCGAACUGGAGCAAACGCUUGAUCAAACCCGGAACGCACUGGAGGUACAGACACAACGGACCGGCCAGGCCGAAACAAGGGCCCGUACCGUGGAGGAAAAGUUCCGUACGUUGCUAAAAACGAACCAAAAUCUCGACACCGAUCUGCGGGCAGCUUCAAAGAUGAUUAUCGAAAUGGAACUCAAGCUGGAAGCACUUCAAAAAACGAUGGCCAAAGAGAAGGAAACAAAUCGAGCGUGCAGUGCCCGAGAGGAAGACCUGCAGCGUCUGCUGGCGAACAGUGAACAGCUGAAGGAGCGCUGGAAGCGCGAGAUGCUUUCGGUAACUGACGAGCUGCGGCGUAAGAUAGAAACGAUGCAGCGAGAGAAUUGCAAGCUGACAGCGGAAAACAAUCAAUUAAAGGAUCAGCUAUUAAUGGCAUCGUCACCGAUGGAGGCGCCCAGUCGUUUGGAUGGAGGCGCCCAGUCAGUGAUCAUCGCUAGUACUGGACCAACGACGAACGGUCGGCCCUGAGAGAUACUUAGUAAUAGAGAGACAGAGAGCGGUAUAAUUGGUGGGAUACGGCUUUUGCGGUGUAGCUUCCGUCCACCGUCCGGAAAGUAAAGUCCUUCAACUGAGCUGAGAAGGAUGAAUUCCAUUAGCGUGAGAGGGGCUGGCUGGUUUCUAUUAUCAGGAUGGAUACGCACGCAUCUAGGACAAACAAAACCUCGCGGGAGUUGUAAUGAUGUCAAGUUUACUGAAGGAGGUUACGUUCUAUUCGUAAACACAAUUGAUCAACAAACACGUAAUUGAUGCACAGCGUACCAUUGUACGGUCCCGGUUUCUGGCCGAAAGGGUGAUACUUACUUACCGUGUGUCUAUGGGACGCUUUCCAUCAUCAAUAGCGAGCUGGAAAGGUGGCGGGGAGGGGGGGAGUAUGCUUUAUUUUGGGAGGAAAAAGUUUUCCCGUAUCUAUGUCAGUGAUAUUGAACCCUAUCUGUAUCUUUUAUUGAAUCUCGUAUGGUCGUAAUUAGGCGUAAUCAGAGCAGUAAUGAGGUUUUCUCUUCCCGAAUGGAGAAAACUUACCGUUUAUGGGAUGAUAAUUUUUGGAAACAUUUCUCUUAGUACUAAAAAGAUGUAUUAAAUGAAACGUGUAAUAAAGUUAAACUUUUUGGAUAAA